AUGGCCACUGAUUGUAAGCUAGCGGUGGGUUGGGCCAGACAUGGUUGCAAGCUUUCCUCCUGGGGGGCUAACAGCUAUGGUCAGCUUGGUCAAGGCCAUACUGAGGAUAAAUUCCUACCAGGGGAUGUAACUCCAGCAGACAUCAAUAUUUGCAGCAUCACAGGUGGUGGAGGUCACACUUUGAUCAUUAAUGAUGAAGGAGAACUGUUUGUGUGUGGAUCAAACAACAAGGGCCAGUUGGGACUUGGUCAUACUCGGGACAUUCCGACUCUGGCCAAGGUCAAAGUACCAGGAGAUGCUCCAGUUAUUAAAGCAUCAGGUGGAUGGGAUUUCACUCUCAUCCUAACAGGGAAAGGAGAGCUAUUUGCAAUGGGGUCAAAUGCCUUUGGACAGUUGGGAAUGCCUGGUUCGAACCAAGUCUCACUGCCGGUCAAAGUACAGAUACCAGACGAUGAGAAAGUUGCUGAUGUUGAUGCAGGACUCAGACAUGUAGUCAUGGUAACAGAUAGAGGAAAUGUGUACUGCUGGGGUGCGGGACGAAAGGGUCAGUGUGGAGUUUUAAUAGACAAAAAAGCACCAGCAAAACUUGUGAGUCCAGCUCCAGUGACAAUAUCAGAAACAGAGAGACGUGUGUGCUCAGUUGUGGCAGGAUCUCAACAUUCUGUUGCAGUCACAGAUAAUGGCGAUAUGUAUUUGUGGGGCUGUAACAAAUAUGGUCAGUGUCUUGUGGAUCCUAGUCAGUGUCCUUCUGUUUUGACCCCCAUACCUGCCCCUCCCCGGGACUGGACAUUGACACACCUUAGCAGUGGAUGGACACAUCUGUUAGCAAGGACAGCUGAAGGUAAAUUAUACAGCUGGGGCAGAGGUGACUAUGGACAGCUGGGAAGGUCAUGUGAUGGGUCAUGUGAUCAUAUCCCAGCCAGGAUACUUGGUCUGCCAUCAGUUCAAAUUGUAUCUUGUGGAUCAGAACACAACCUAGCAGUCAGUGACGAUAGAUUGGCGUACUCCUGGGGAUGGAAUGAGCAUGGUAUCUGUGGAACAGGCGAUGAAGAAAAUGUUCACAAACCUCAAUCAGUUUCAGCACUCUCGAAAACCAAGGUCAAAUGCCUUGGAUGUGGAAAUGGACAUUCUUUGGUGUUUGGCUCUGAAAUAACUUAAUGCACAAAAAUAAACUUAAUUUGUUUUAAA